CAACAAGCGGGAUCUGAUUUUACAAGAUGUAAAUUUUCACAAUUGGGAGGUGAUUAUGUUGGAACAAUUGCUGUGACAAAAAGUGGAAUACGUUGUCAAAUGUGGACUGGAAUAGAACAAAUACAUAAGGUUGAUGAACGUAUUAGAGAUAUUGACUUUCCAGACGGCAGUAAAUCAUUAGCAAAAAAUUAUUGCCGGAAUCCUACUAAUGAUUCUCGAGGUCUGUGGUGUUAUACAAUAGAGAAGAGUGUAGAAAUUGAAGAAUGUGAUAUUCCUCUUUGUAACUAUCAAGAAAAUCGAGUUACAGGAACAGGUGUAGAGUACGGAGGAAAAUUUAAGACUUCUUUAUCUCAAAAAGAAUGUAAAUUUUGGAAGACAAGACAUACGAUCGAGGAAGGAGAUAUAGCGACUCAAACAAAACGUUUUCCAAAUACUAACUUUCCGGAGCAAUCUCGAGAAAGAGCCAAAAACUAUUGCCGUAAUCCUGAUGGUGACAAUGGUGGUCCUUGGUGUUACGUAGAUGGUGUAUACGAGAAUAUUGUAAACAAGGAAUAUUGCGAUGUACCAUUAGCUGACGAUAGGGACUGUUUAGUAUACACAAGAUCAAUUGAUUCAUAUUCUACGAUCACCAAAUUGGAUUAUUCAAAUCAGAAUAUUACAGUUUGGAUCAAGUUAUGGAAUCCAACUUUUAAUUAUAAAACUAUGGCAACGUUGCUGUUAAGUCAUGUACCAGUUCCUGCUACUGGUAAAGUGAUAGCAGAACUUUGGAAAGCUGGAGCUGAAAUUGCGUUCUCUAAUACCCUAACUGGUUUGAUUUAUCCGGGUUUAAAUCUCCAUACAAAUUUUAAACACACUCCUCAUUUAAUUACUGGAGAAAACUGGACGGCGAUUACAAUUUCCUGGAGCCUAGGGUACGUCACAAUCAGCUUAGCUAAUUCAACAGAAAUUAUAUAUGCAGGUGAAUACGCAGUUAAGGAUUCAUUGUCUACAUUAUAUCCGGAUGGUUUUUUAUACUACGGAUUAGCCGGUGAGGGAAUACUUUGGAGCACAGAUUUAUGCCUAGAAACAUGUGAAAUUCAUACGACCUUUGGUUAUAGAUAUUUAAGAACUUGGCCAAUUCAUUCUAGUUAUAAAAGCUAUAGUAUAAAUUUUUUUUUGCGCUCAUCGUUUGCAAUAUCAAUCCAAUUGUAUCAAACCCCUGGAGUGCAAUUUCCUUAUUUCGAGAUUAAAAUGACUCAAAAAGGAUUGAUAACAAUAAUUUAUCAAGAAACAAGCGAGUUACCAAUACAUGAAAUUAAAAAUGUGGAAAGUUCAGAAGUAUUAGAUUAUUGGACUUGGGAAGAUUUUACGAUCAGUAUUUUUGGAUCAGACUUGUACAUAUUGGUUCACAAAUACUACGGAGGAGUUGAAUUAUUGCACGUUAAAUACGAUUUAUUUAAAACAGUCCGAUGGUUCAGUAUCGGAAGUGAAAGAAUUGCACACUGGACUUUAUAUUGCACUCCUGAAAAUAAAGAUUUAUCAGAAGAAACAUCACCGCCAAAUUGUAUCGCAAGUAAAGAAGAGAAAUAUGAAGGAGCGCAAUGGUUUACUAAAAACUUCUUUCCAUGUGCACUUUGGUCAUCAGAUAUGGUUCCGAAUGAUCAAAAAGAAGAUCAUUUGUUUCCAGACGGAUCUGUAUUUAACGCGACGAAUAAAUGUCGAAAAAUAAAUUUCGAUGCAAAAACUCCGUAUUGUUACGCUCUAUGGGAUUCAACAGCAACUACUGCAUAUAAAUCCGAUUGUUUGAUUCCAGCUUGUCGGUCAGCUUCAUGCCGAGUUGUUGGAACCGCUAAUGAUUAUAUUGGAACACUAUCUGAAACACGAUCAGGUCGUCGCUGCGCGCUUUGGCUUAACCAACCUGGAAAAAAAGGGGAAAAAAAGUACCUAAAUGACACCCUAUAUCCCGAACAAAGUGUGAAAGAUGCCAGCAAUUAUUGUCGCAACCCUUCUCAGAGUGCUGCUGGUACUUGGUGUUAUACUACAGAUCCCUUGGUUACUCGAGAUUUGUGUCAAGUUAAAGAUUGUGAUUUACCAGGAGAAUAUAUUUUUCUCAUAAAAGGAGACAAUAUUGGUAGACGAAUGUAUAUUUUACCAAAAUAUCGUGUCAAGGGUAUAAAAAUAAAUGUCAAAAUUUGGAUACCUGAUGAUCCAGAUUUAAUUAAAAUAGUAUUUGAUGCAGAUGAUGGAUUAAAUUCUAGUUACAAGUUAAUUAUUGGUGCUGAAAAUAAUUCCAAGAUUUUACUAUAUUAUAAAUCUGAAGAAAAAGAUUAUGAAUUAGUAAAGGAACAAAUUUCGGUUCACAUACUAUUCAUCGCAAGAUGGAGUCAAUUUAUAAUAAAAAUCCCCCGGGGAAAAGUUCAAAUUUAUCGAGACGCAACUAGCCUACUAUUUGAGUGGGAGCAUGAAGAUCCAUUAAAAUCUUUUUUGCCAAUUUAUUAUUAUUUUUCAACAGAAAAAAAUUUAAUGGCACUAUCAUAUGAUUGCGUAUCUACAUGUCACGUUGAAAUAACGACAACAAAUAAAAUCGAAAAAUUUUUUCCUAUUUUUAGUGAAGAUGAUACUAAUUAUAUGCACCCUCAAAAACUUGAAUUUAUGAUAAUAUCUAAUGGAGAUGUUCAAAUACCGCUAAUUUUAUUUCCUGAAGACUUUGAAUAUUAUGUUUUGAAGAUUGGCCAAUCGACGUCAACAAUCACACUUUUCAACUCUUACAUGACAUUUUUAUUCCAAAUCGUUGAAAAAAAAUCUCCUGUUGAGCAAUUACUAUCAGAAAAAGAAUGGAGCAAUAUAACUAUAUCGUGGGUCAACCGGACAAUGCAAGUUUUUUGGAACACAAUAAAACUCCUCGAUUACGAGCAUACGCAUCCAUUUGUAUUCUAUUUCUUCUCAGUUAAACUCAGAACUGGCUUCGCUAAGUGGACGGUAAAUUGUUUACCUCCAGGUAAGUCAAUAAUA